GCUCAGUGUUUUUCCGCCUGUUGUCGCUGUCACAACCCCACUCGAGUAAAUGGUGCUGCUCACGGGGCUCAGCAGUCAUGGAGUUACUGGUUCGGUAUCUUGACAGGAGCAACUCUGUUAGCUCUGACAUGACUCAGGAUCUCGUCAAGGAGGAGAACCUGAGAGAUGACCUGAGAUACUACUUCAUGAGCCCCUGUGAGAAGUACCGAACCCGUCGACACAUACCCUGGAAGAUGGGAGUCCAGAUUCUGAAGAUCGUCAUGAUCACUACACAACUCAUCCUGUUUGGCCUCAACAACCAGCUGGUGGUUGCAUAUAAGGAGGAAACCACCAUGGCCCUGAAAAACCUUUUCCUGAAAGGAUACACUGGGGUGGAUGAGGAUGACUAUAGUGUAGCUGUUUAUACACAGCGGGCUGUGUUUGACAGCCUCUUUUACGUCCUUGAUCAGUACAGCCAGUUGGGCCAGCUCUCUGUUGGCCCCAUCAGCUAUGCAGAGGAAGAUGGGAAGCUGCUGCCUCUCACCAUCUGUAAAAAGUACUACAGAAAAGGCAGCCUGGAGCCUUCGGAGGAGGCCUAUGAUAUCGACGCUCACCUCGAAACAGAUUGUAUGUCACAUGAUCCAAGAACUGCAAACAUGUGGAGAACCCAGAAUGCAUCUUUCUUCAGUUUGGACUUCUACAGGCUUGUUGACAUAAAGAUAAGUUUCCAGCUGAAGGGAAUCAACCUGCAGACGGUUCGACACCGGGAGCUACCUGACUGCUAUUCGUUCCAUGUCACUAUCAUAUUUGACAACCAAUGUCAUAGUGGGAAGGUCAAGUUAUUCCUGGACAUAAAUGCCGAAAGCAAUGCAUGCAAAGAUUGGAAGAUAUCUGGAACAGCUCAGAAGAACACACACUAUCUGCUGGUGUUUGAUGGCUUCGUCAUUCUGGUUUGCAUAACAUCAGCCGUGUUAUGCACGCGCUCAAUCAUACUGGCCAUCAGGUUACUCCAGAGAUUCUCUCGAUUCUUUCAAGAAAACUUUAAUCGUAAAGUGUGUGAGGACGACCAGAGCGAGUUCCUGAAUGGCUGGUACGUGUUGGUCAUUGUCAGCGACCUGCUGGCAAUAGUUGGCUCCAUACUGAAGAUGGAAAUUCAGGCAAAGAGUCUGACAAGUUAUGAUGUGUGCAGCAUCUUCCUGGGAACCUCGACGUUAUUGGUCUGGGUCGGGGUGAUCAGGUACCUUGGAUACUUCCAGAAAUAUAAUGUCUUGAUUUUAACCAUGAAAGCAGCCUUUCCUAAAGUUCUCCGUUUCUGCUGCUGCGCUGGCAUGAUCUACCUUGGUUACACGUUCUGCGGGUGGAUCGUACUCGGACCGUAUCACGAAAAGGUGACUAAUGCUGUUUAUUGGUGCAAAACUGCUGAGGCCAUGUGUGUGGUUAACCACAGGAAGUCCAAAUGUCUGAAACUGCAUUUCCACUCAGUAUUUCCCUUUAGCCACCAACAUCAGCAAUGAUAAUUGAGGAGGUCAGGUUUGGUGUAGAAAUACAAUGGCAGCCUUCUCACAGAAACCUAACUUUGAGACCACAUCUUUAAACACAUCCUUAUUUGUGUAUUGUCCAAAUGUACCUUAUUUCUAUUUCCAAAAUCUGAUAUUUUAUAUUUACCACAUCAAUGAAUCACAGCAAGAAACAAAAAUGAAACCUUUUCAAGUUUUGCAAAGAGGCUAGAGAUAAACACUCCAACUCAGAAAUAAUAAAAAAGGAAGUUUUACAGUUUUUAUGUUCUCUGGAGAUUUGAUGAAGUUUUUGGGACUGACACAAUGGAUGUACACCCAGCCUUUUUUUAAGGAAAAGGGAAAAAACAGAAUGAGGGCAUGUCAGAAAAUAGGGAGCCAAAAAGUUUAAUGUAAGAUUAGUGGUGAAAUAAUUAAUGAUUUAUCAUCUAAAUAUUUAUCAACUAAUUUAAUAAUUGAUUAAUUGUUGACUGGAUUGUAGAGACUCAGAAAUGGUUAUUUGCUAAAAGAAGAACACAUUUAGAGCAAUUAGCCAAAACGGUACAAAAAAUAAAUACAUUUUGCAUUUAGUCAACAGAUUAGCCUGUGGUUAUAAGUGUUGUUGGAAAUAUUAUUAUUAUUAUUUUUGUAACCUGCAGAUGCAUUCUCUGCCACAAAUGAUCUGGCAUUUUUGAUGAAUCGACACAGCAGCUGAUGCCUCAUGCAGGAUAUCUGGUUUAGUUCAUUUUGACUAUUGUGGCUGAAAGUUACUCAUAAACUUUCUUUUGUAAAUUAAUAAACAACCUGAAAUUAGGUCUAUGCUUUGGUGGAAAGGAAAGCGUAACGUUACCCACACGCUGACCAGCUCCAGUAGACAUUUGGAUAAAUCUUGUUGUAUCGUUGGCCUAAUUUGGUCUGCAGACAUGAAUGUGAUGCUUUUACAGUCAUCAUCAUCAUCAUCACCAUCAUCACUCUGACUUGCUUGUUGUCCAACAAACUACCAUUGAUGCCCACAAAAGAUCAUUGCUAAAGGUGCUGGCUGCUCAUAGUGCUCAAGCCAAGCAUACGUUUAAUUAUAAAUGCAAAAAUCUGACUAUAGAAAAAUUUAAACAUGCAUUAGACUGAUAAUCUGAUUUAAUUUAUGUUGUAGAAUUUUUUUAAAUCUAAGAAUCUUUAAGCCGCAACACACCUGGAUUAAAAUCUUCCAAGAUAGCAUUUUUUUGGACAUGUCUGAUAUUUUAGGUUCUGCAAAAGUGCUGCAGAAUUAACUAACUUUGAUAACUUGACUUUAACUUUAAUCAUGCCUUGCUUAUGGUGUUUGAAGCCUAUAAAAGAUACCUCACUGCUAGCUUGGUGUUGGCGGUGCAGGAUUAAUGUUGAAAAACUGGAAAAAAUGUUACAUUUCAAAUACUCUUACAUUUAAGUUGUUGUAAUGAUACAGCUCAUCCACUAGGUGUCAGUGUUGUCCCCCAGUUAGUCUGAAGUCAUGAAGCUGUACUUAUGCAUAUUCUGGAGGAAAAUAUAACAUUUUAUACUUGGAAAUGUGUGAUCAUUCAAUACAUGGGUGUUUUUGUUUUGUAUAAAUUCAUUUUGGCUGCCAUGAAACAAAUAUUCAGUGACUCUCAAUUCAUCCAUAAACUUAUAAACCACCACAUCAUGGAUAUCCAUUUUAAGACUGGGGACCACAUUAAAAUCUGUUCUCUGCAGGCUGUAGUUAAAGAAACCAACCAAUAUAUGCAGAAACCUGGUGAAGGACACUUUAUGAAGCAGACUCUGAAUGUUCCAGCACUUUAACAACUUAAGACUUUUGCCACCAUUUAAUUAUUCAGCGACCUCUCUCAAGGAGUACAGCUGGUUGUGGCGACAGGGAAAUCCCGUGCCAGCAAGUGGUAUCGAAAAGCCGUGUGUUUUAACUAUCCUUCUCUGUCGACAUAAAUUAUUUACGGAAGUUUAGACCGCACGUGGGCGUCAACACAAGUCGCGGCCUGCAGAGGUAAGUUUGUUCAGACGGCGUUCUAUCAGCUGCUUUUUUUUUGAGCUCGUCUACAGCAAAUAAAAGUUGUUGAUGAUCUUCAGCUGCUCAGCCAUAAAUCUUUUUCUUUAUGGGAAACGUUUGGCUGGAACAUACAUUUAAAAAAAAAAUUUCAAGAUGAUACAAAGUAGCCUAGUUUGCACACAGUAAUUUAAUGUGUAGUAUUUUGUUAUUCUAUUAUUUCAUUAAACUGGAAAGUAAUUCUGACCCCAAAAGCUGGGUGACAUCUGAAUGCCUUAUUUGUUACAUCCCUUUCUUUUAGUUAUUUUUUUUUCUUUUGACCAAAAUAAAGAUAAUUGGUUUCUUUCUAUUGUAUGGCAUAACUAUAUAGUGAUUUAAUAUUUACCAAUUUGCUUAACUCUUAACUUCAAGCAGUAAAACAUCACAAACCUAAAACUGUUCUAUUCAAAACUACAUCAAGUAAUCAAAGCUUGUAGCACUCUCUGGUUUCUCACUGUCACUUUUGUAUCCUUUCAAUAUUUUAUAUCAACUUAACUUCACUGCUUAUGAGCAGCACCCUGGUGGCAUUGUAACGCAUUCAAUUUGCUCACCGCAGCAGUUAAUUAUCAAUGCUUGAAAUAUUUACAGAAAGUUGACCAGGGAAGUUCCUUUCAGCCCUUCCAGGAAUCUCUGUUUAUCACUCCAGUAAAUAUACAGAGGAUGUAAUAAAACUCCACUUUCCAUACGUGGAUUCUCAAAGCAUUGUGCUUUGAAUCCAUGGAGAUACAGAGGGAUGUCGUUUCUAGAGGUCUCUGAUUGACCAGAGCUUCUUGGAUUAAGUCAAUUUCUUACCUUGUUUCCUUUAUCCUUCUAUCAGCCUCUUGCCAGCUGUCAUUUGCCUGUUUUCUACUUCCUUUUUGGAUUUAAUUUGUUUGGAGAUCUUCCUUUUUUUAAUUUCAGUUUCUAUUCCAGGUUCUUCAUGUAUGGAAUUUACCCAUUUCUUUCUGUGUAUGUUAUCAAAUGCAAAAGUUAUUUUCACAUUAGACCUGGACCAAUUCAUCACUUAUCUCUCACCUGCUUUUCCCGUAGUUUGAGGGCCUGAGUCGAGUUGCAGAGUGUCUGUUCUCUCUGCUGAACGGCGACGACAUGUUCACCACCUUUGCCCAGCUGAAGGACAAAAAUAUCCUGGUGUGGCUCUUCAG